AUGACUUCGACCAUCGAUCCCAAGUCGAUUGGCAAAGUCGUCAGACCGCGUCGCCAUGUACGAACGUUGACUGGUUUCAUCCCCGAGACCGAUGAAACUGGGAAAGAAAAGUGGCCCAAGGGCGACGAAAAGGCUUGGAGGGAUGGGAUGCGUAGUGUCGACAAGGGUAUCAGCGAUGUGACGAGGUCGGUCGUCAAUCACGUUCAGACUUCCUUGGCUCGCCAGCCAUACAAUUUGGACGAUUUUGGUGCCUAUCAGGCUUCAGCACUCUCCGUCAGGGAUGACCUGCUCGUCAAUUGGAAUGAGACGCAGAUGAACUAUACAAGAAAAGCACCCAAGCGCGCUUAUUAUCUCUCGCUCGAGUUCCUCAUGGGCCGCACGCUCGACAAUGCUCUUCUCAACUUGGGUCUCAAGGACCUAUACAAGGACGGUCUCAAGAAUCUCGGCUUUAACAUGGAGGAUCUCCUCGAAAAAGAACGUGAUGCUGCUCUGGGAAAUGGUGGUCUUGGUCGCCUUGCUGCAUGUUACUUGGACUCCUCCGCAUCACAGGAACUCCCAGUCUGGGGCUACGGCUUGAGGUACAAAUAUGGAAUCUUCCAGCAGCUCAUUUCCCAGGAUGGUGAACAACUUGAGGCUCCCGAUCCGUGGCUGGAGAACCAGAACCCUUGGGAGCUCCCGCGUCUUGAUGUCACCUAUCAAGUUCGCUUCUACGGUAAUGCGGACCGCAUGGCGGAUGGAAGCGGACGUGCCAUAUGGCAAGGUGGCCAAGAGGUCCUCGCCGUUGCGUAUGAUGUUAUGAUCCCCGGAUAUGGAACCAAAACGACAAACAAUCUGAGGCUUUGGGAGAGCAAGCCCAAGCGUGGUUUCGAUUUGAACUCUUUUAAUGCUGGAAACUACGAGGGAGCAGUUGAGGCGUCCAACAGUGCCGAUGCCAUCACAUCCGUACUCUAUCCCAACGACCAUACUUCCUUCGGAAAAGAGUUACGCUUGAAGCAGCAAUACUUUUGGACUGCCGCCAGUCUGGCCGACAUUCUCCGCCGUUUCAAAAACACUGGCAAACCCAUCAAAGAAUUCUCAGACCAUGUCGCAAUCCAGCUCAAUGACACCCAUCCAACUCUUGCCAUCCCGGAGUUGAUGCGCAUUCUCAUUGAUGAUGAGGAUCUCCAUUGGAACCAAGCAUGGGAGAUCGUAACUAACACCUUCUUCUACACCAACCACACGGUGUUGCCUGAGGCGUUGGAGAAGUGGCCCGUUCCGUUGCUGGAGCACGUCUUGCCAAGGCACCUGCAAAUCAUCUAUGACAUCAACCUGUUCUUCUUGCAAGCUGUUGAAAAGAAAUACCCCGGAGAUAGAGAUAGGCUUGCUAGGAUGUCCUUGAUCGAAGAGGGCACACCCAAACAGGUUCGAAUGGCGUUCUUGGCCUGCGUUGGGAGUCGUAAAGUGAACGGUGUCGCUGAGCUGCACAGUGAACUCGUUAGGACGACGAUCUUGAAGGACUUCGUCGAGUUCGAGGGCAUUAGCAAGUUCGGGAAUGUUACGAACGGAAUUACGCCUCGCAGGUGGCUCGAUCAGUGCAAUCCCGAGCUGAGCGCGCUCAUUUCGAAGACCCUCCAGCUGAGCCCGGGUGCCUGGUUGAAGGAACUCACCAAGUUGGAAGGAUUGCUUCCUUACGCCGAAAGCAAGACCUUCCGUGCCGAGUGGGCUGCAAUCAAACAACGCAACAAGGAACGAUUGGCCCACCACGUCGAAGUGACCCUUGGUCUUAAAGUUCGCACAGAUGCCAUGUACGAUGUUCAAAUUAAGCGUCAAACUUUGAACAUUCUUGGAGUUAUCCACAGAUAUCUCACCUUGAAGAGUUUGAAGCCUGCGGAGAGAGCCAAGGCCAACAGAAAAGUCGUCUUCUUCGCCGGCAAAGCUGCUCCUGCCUACUACAUCGCGAAAUUGACCAUUCGCCUCAUCGUCAAUGUAGCUCGAGUAAUCAAUGCGGACCCGGAGACCAAUGAAUACCUUCAACUCUACUUCCUUCCCGAUUACUCUGUCUCCCUCGCAGAGGUUCUCAUCCCUGCCUCGGAUAUCAGUCAGCACAUCUCGACCGCAGGCACCGAGGCGUCAGGAACCUCCAACAUGAAGUUCUGCCUCAACGGUGGCCUACUCCUUGGAACUGUUGACGGAGCGAAUAUUGAGAUCGCCGAAGAGGUCGGAGAGAGCAACGUCUUCUUCUUUGGACACUUGACCCCUGCUGUUGAGGAUUUACGCUAUCAACAUGUCUAUCACCCUGUACCUAUUGAACAGAAAUGCCCAGCCUUGGCCCAAGUUCUCGACCAGAUAUCCGGAGGGCUCUUUGGUGGCGAUGGUGUUUACGAACCACUCUUGAACACGAUCAGACAAGGGGACUACUAUCUCCUCACCGACGAUUUCGAUUCUUACAUUGCCGCUCUUGCGAUGGUUGAUGAGGCCUACCUUGAUAAGGAGGAAUGGACCAAAAAAUCGAUCAAGACAACGGCCAAGAUGGGCAAGUUCAGCUCUGAUCGCGCAAUCAACGAAUACGCAGAGAGUUACUGGAACAUUGAGGCGACACCGGUCCCUGCUGAAAAACCCGCUUCCUCGAAACCCGCAAAGGAGGCGACACCGGUUCCUGCUGAUAUUCCCGCUUCUUCGAAACCCGCAAAGAAGUAG